AUGGCGGACGAAGUCUCGAAGACCGGCUCUGAUGCCGCCCAGAUCGAGAAGCAAACUGUCGAGACGAUCGAAAAGCCCAAUGCCAGGGGUGCUGCUGCAGCCAUGGACCCGGAAACGAGGGUCCGGGUAGAGAAGAGCCUGAAGCGCAAGCUCGAUGCUCGCUGCUCCCUCUUCAUUCUCAUCUACAUCAUGAACUACUUGGAUCGCAACAACAUCGCCGCUGCUCGCCUCAAGGGUCUUCAAGACGAUUUGGACCUGAACUACAGUGAAUACGCCACCUGCCUCAGCAUUCUCUAUGUUGGCUACAUCCUGAUGCAGGUCCCUUCCAACAUCUUCAUUAACCGAAUCUCCCGGCCCUCUCUCUACAUUUCGGCCGUCAUGCUCCUCUGGGGUCUGAUCUCGACACUGUCCGGUGUCGUUCACAAUUUUGCGGGAAUGGUUUCCAUCCGAUUCUUCCUUGGGUUCGUCGAGGCUGCUUUCCUCCCUGGUGCCCUCAUGAUCCUAUCGAAAUGGUACACUCGCCGAGAGCUCACUACACGGAAUGCCCUUCUGUUCUGUGGAAAUCUCAUCUCCAAUGCCUUCUCUGCUCUCGUGGGAGCCGGAGUUCUGUCCAACAUGCAGAAUGUUCUUGGUCACGCUGCCUGGCGCUGGCUCUUCUGGAUUGAGGGUGCCGCCACAAUGGCUAUUGCUAUUUCUGCAGCAUUCAUCCUCCCUGAUCUGCCUACCAACACUCGCGGCUUCACGAAGGAAGAACUCGAAGUUGCUCAGCUCCGAAUGACCGAGGAUGUCGGUGAGGCUGAUAUUGAUGCCGAAGAGCAAGGGCCUUGGGAUGGCCUGUUCAUGGCUGUGAAGGACUUCAAGAUCUAUAUCAUGAUGAUCACUUUCACUGCUUAUGUUGUCGGCCUUUCGUUCAACGCCUUCUUCCCUACUCUUACCGGAACUCUCGGGUUCGGUUACGUCCCGACCCUUCUCAUGAGUGCUCCCCCAUGGGUCUUCUCCUGCCUCUUCUCUCUGUGUGUCGCCUGGAGCUCUGACCGCUACCAAGAGAAGUUCUGGCACAUCGUUGGCCCCAUCUGCGUCGGCCUCGUCGGCUUCAUCAUCAGCAUGUCGACCUUGAACGUCGCUGCCCGCUAUGUCGCUCUCUUCCUCCAAGCCGCUUCUUAUGCUGGGUUCAUCGUCUUCUACUCCUGGAUCAGUUCAUCCUUCCCUCGCCCGCCCGCCAAGCGUGCCGUCGCCAUUGCCAUGAUCAACGCGUUCAGUCAGCUCGGAAACGUGGCUGGCUCGUACGUUUGGGAUCUGGAGGCGAACGGCUUCCGCCAGAGCUACGGCAUUGUCACGGCGAUGUUCGGAAUUACUAUUGUCGGAUGUUUCUACUUCCGUCUCGUGCUCUCCAGGCUCAACAAAAAGCUCGAGGAGCAGGAUGCCGUGCCGGAGGUUGCGCAUCACGCUGUUGAUGAUCCGGAUGAGAGCUUGAGGAUGCAGAAGGGAUUCAGGUACCUUGUUUAA